UGUAAUGGGAAAGGGGAAGGCGAGACUCACUCCAACCAUCGCUUUCCUGAGAUUUCUUUCGUCUUUGGAGACUAAUAUAAAGUCCCUUCUCUCCUCCGGAAACAGUAUUAAAGUGCUCCGCGGUGCAGUGAGACGAACUAAGCGGUAAAUUACUUCUUGGGGAAAGUAGCGGUUAAUGGAAGUCCUACGCAUAUAUUAGUUUUUAUUUGGUUGAUAAUUUGGAAUCGCGAAAGGACUAUUUCGUUCUUCAACGCAAGUGUCAUGUGACAUUUCCUUUCGAUUCGACGAAUUAAUAGGACAAGUGGUCAGUGGAUUUUAAUGCCACGGAAUGCUUCGUUUAUUCUUUUGCGCACUAUUUUAAAGUUGGAUUCACGUAUUUAAACGAGUUGUCAUUGUUUUACUUUAUAUGCGUUUUAUUGUAUAAUUAUGUACAGGUUUUUAAAUAAUAAUUGAUCAUUUUGUUUUCUGGUUUUGAAAAUCAUUCAAAUUGCACUAUUGUUUGGAGUCAUAAUUUUGUGCUUCUGUCGGACUGUUGCCUUGUAAUUAACAAAUGAAAAGUGCUCUGCAGCGAAGCUAGACUAGUGAACAAUGCUUUGAAGCGUAUAACAUUUGUAACUGACUCAUUACAACUGGUACCCUUUGUUAUCAACUAAAGACGCUAAAACCUAUGCUGCACACUCGGAAUUUCUUUCUCUUCAUGUGGAUUUUUCUUUGGUAGAGCGAUAUAAUGAAGCGGACACUGAUGUUUGGGGUAGCGGUUGCGUUGCUGGCGCUAGCCUGGGCAGGAGAUGACACUGAGCUGCUGCAGGCUGAGAGACGGGAAAAUCUCAGACGGCUUUCUUUUGCUCGCGCCAGGCCAAACAAAGCAAACUCGCAGUCAGAAGCUCAGACUCGCGCUGCUGACGGCGAUGCUCAGCCCGUGCUCAGCCCAGGCAGCCAGGGGAGACGUGGUCCUGUACAGCGGCAGUAUCAGAUUGCAGGACGUGCGAGGGCUCUGCAGGUCAGAAGGAUGCUGCCUGGCAGGAGACCUGUUCAGCAGCGAAGCCCCCAUCUGAACGCCAUGGUUCAGGACGAUGGCGCUCCAGGAUCUCGGGCGAGGCUUGCCCGCAUGCCGAGCGGCGCGGGGUCUCCUAAUCUUUUAGCGAGCUUCGCUGGGAAAAACCGCGUGCUGGUCAUCUCCGCCCCACACGACUCGGACGGUUACUACAGGCUGAUGAUGAGCCUCCUGAAGCCGGACGUGUAUUGCGAGUUGGCGGAGCGGCACGUGCAGCAGAUCGUCAUGUUCCACCAGGAGGGGGAGACGGGGGGCAAAGUGAGACGCAUCACCAGCGAGGGCAAAGUCAUGGAGGAGCCCCUGGACACCGCCCUCAUCCCCAGGCUCAUGAACUUCCUGAAGCUGGAGAAGGGGAAGUUUGGGAUGGUGCUGCUGAAGAAGACGCUGCAGGUGGAGGAGCGCUACCCCUACCCGGUCAGGCUGGAGGCCAUGUACGAGGCCAUCGAUCGGACGCCUAUGCGCAAGCUGGAGAAGACCAGGCAGAAGGGCUUUGUGCAGAAGUGCAAGGGGGCUGGUGUCGAGGGGCAGGUGGAGGAGGGUGGCGGAACCCGCACGUCCGGCACAAACGCUCAGGUGGACACACCUGUGCCGAGGAAGCCAGUUCAGCGUAAGCCAUUCCGCCGACCCAUUCAGACUACCACUGCCCUGGCCACCACCACCACUACCACCACAACAACGACAACUACGACAAAGCCAACGACCACCACCACCACCACGCGUCCCACCACAACCACACGGGCAACUACCACCUCCACCACCACCAUAGCACCUCCCACCACCACCACCACCACUACCACCACCACUCCCCCACCUACCCAGAGGCCCGCCAAGGCCAAAACGCCUCCACACUGGAUUCCAGCCCCCAAAGCCACUGCCGAACCUUCGAGAGGUAAUCGCAAGGAUCGUCCCAGGCACAAAGUCACACCUUACCCCACGCCUCCCUCUGAGUACUACACAAAGGCCUACACGGGACAGUACGGCGACAAUCGCACGGACAAGAAGGAUUACGGCCGCAAGCAAGAAGGUGUGGUGCCAACUGAGCACAAUCCCGCCAAAGCCAAACCCCCUAAGAAGAAGAAUGGUGGGAAGGUGCUGAGCAAUGAAUAUGAGGAGAAGUCCCCAGCGGUGGGGCCCAAACCUGAGGAUCCAGAGGGGUCUGAGCUGGAGGUCAUCUCCAAAAAGAAGGGAAAAGGGAAGAACGGCAAACCUGAGAAGAAGAAGAAGAAGUCUGACAAGCCAGACAAGUCAGCCAAGAGGAAUAAACCCGAUAAGAAGGCAAAGGCUGCCAAAGAGGGCAAGGGAGACAAUCGCAACAAAAAGGCGGGAAAGAAGGCCUCCAAGAAUAAGGACGACAAAGAUGCCUUCCAGAAGCCCUCAAAGAAAGCGCCUCCGCCUAAAGGCACUUUAGCCUCCUUCCUAGAUUACUUUGAAAGUAGAAGACGGCUUAUUGUGAUCACCUCUCCGCACGAGGAGAACAACAUGUACGUCCAGCAGAGGGACGAGUACCUGGAGCACGUGUGUGAGAUGGCCGUCAGAAAGGUCUCCAUCAUCACCAUCUUUGGCGCAUUGACCAACAGCAGCAUGAAGAUCGACCACUACCAGCUUGAGCACGACAAACCCAUGAAAGGCAUGAGGUACGAGGACCUAGUGAACAAGGACCUCAUCGUCCAGAUUCGGAAGGAGUUCGGGAUGAUGUAUAACGACUUCUACAUGGUGCUAACUGACUUCGACAUGAAAGUGAAGCAAUCCUACGAAGUUCCCAUCGCCAUGAAGGCUGUGUUCGAUUACGUGGACACCUUCUCCUCGCGGAUCAAGGAAAUGGAGCAGCAGAAGAAGGACGGUGUGGUGUGUAAGAAAGAAGACAAACCAAGAUCUCUGGAGAACUUCCUCUCCAGGUUCCGUUGGCGACGCCGGCUGUUUUUGAUCUCCGCCCCCAAUGAUGAGGAAUGGGCCUAUCAGCAGCAGCUCUAUGCUCUGACCAGCCAGGCCUGUAACCUUGGCCUGCGUCACAUCUCUGUUCUGAAGCUGGUCGGCGUGGAUACAGCGGACAUGGGUGGAGUUCUAGAACUGUACCCCAUCAACGGAAGUGCGAGCGUGGAACGCGAGGGCAUCUCGCCCGCCCUGGUGAAGGACAUAAGGAACUACUUCCAGAUCAGCCCGGAGUACUUCUCCAUGCUACUGGUGGGCAAGGAUGGGAACGUCAAGUCGUGGUACCCUUCCCCGAUGUGGUCCAUGGCCAUCAUCUACGACCUGGUGGACUCCAUGCAGCUGCGCAGACAGGAGAUGGCCAUCCAGCAGUCCCUGGGCAUGCGCUGUCCCGAGGACGAGUACGGCGGCUAUGGUUACCAUCACCAUGGUUACCACGAUGGCUACCAAGAUGGCUAUCACCAAGGAUAUGGCUACUAAGGGGAGUGACGUGACCCUUGACCCCCUGAGGUUUGUUUAUAUUUUCAGUUGAGGUAAUGACAGGGUCAAAGUGCAAGAGCCCCACCAGCAACAUUUUUCUUAAUAUUAACAGCCCAGCAUUCAAAUUGUUUGCAUGGGCCACACUUUUUUUUCAGCCACAAGCUGAAGAUAUAUACUUUCAACAUUUAUGGACGUUUCUGUUUUGGAUAAAGAAACUUGUGUAGAUAUAUUCUUUUAUAUGCCACGUAUUUUAUUUAUUGGAAGCUCUAUUUGAAGUGAUUGAAUUUGGGAAUGACAGUCAACUGUAUAACAUUGUUGGAGCCAAUCUUCAACAUGAAAAAAUGUAUUUGUUUUGAUCAUUCUUGAAUGCUGUUAUUUAUAUGCAGUUUCACUGUACAGUGUCACUGUAUACUGAUGAAUAAAGCCCUCAGUUCAUUACCAAA